AAUAUCUGUUUCUCUUUUUGCAGUGAAAAUGUUCUGAUGGAUUGUAUCCGUGGCUGUUUUGUAGUUGCAUGUACACUUUGUGCCUUUAUUAGUUUAGUAUGGCUCAGAGAGCAGAUUGUAUUGAAUGGUGGCCCUGAAUGGUUACAUCAACAAAUAGAUCCAAUAGCACGUUUACCAGGCCACCUCUUUGAUGGACAACAAGGGGGAGAUCAGGCAGGUGAAGACGGUGAUCAAAAUGGUGCAAAUCCCGAUCAAGCAGAAGCUGGAGUACAAGCAAAUGCCGAAGAUAUUGAUGAUGAUGACAAUGACGCUAAUCAAGCGAUGGAUAAUGCAGUUGUUAAUAAUGAUGAGAACAAUUGGAAUCCCGUGGAGUGGGAAAGAGCAGCUGAAGAACUGACCUGGGAAAGAAUGCUUGGUUUAGAUGGCUCAUUGGUGUUUCUGGAACAUGUCUUCUGGGUUGUUUCUCUCAAUACAUCAUUUAUAUUAGUCUUUGGUAA